UCAGGAAAAGAUGGCCGCCGCUCUUCUGCUCCCGCUUCAGCUGGUCUCACUGGCGUCUGCAUCACAUCACUACGGGGGAACCGUGACCUAUAGCUACAAAGGAAGAAACCCUGAUGGAUCAUUUAGGGUGGACUUUCGAAACAGGGCGACCUAUGAUGGGUGUCAGUAUUCCCAUUCCUGGAGCUGUUACAACAACGACUGUGGCUAUGUCACUAAUCAACAGAGAGGCACAAUUGACAGGAGCACCAAUGCACCACAAUCUAACAGACAAUGGUGUGAAACAGAAACAGUUCAACAAAGAAAAGUCACAACUGACAAACCGUUUCAGAUGAGGGCAAGUAGCUGUUGUUGGACCAAAACACGAAACAGCGUUUCAGGUUGGAGACUUCUAACUCAAGUAGAUUUGGGAACAAGAUCUGACACUGGCAAACCAAACAGAUCCCCAGACAUUGCCAUUCUACCUUUCCUACGAGUUCCCCAGAACUGCCCACGGACCUACAAGCUGAUGUCCUUCGACCCUGAUGGAGACACAGUUCGUUGCAGAUAUGGAAAUAUCAGAAACAUAGAGUGCAGCGGAUGUAACCAACCUUCAGGCUUUGUCUUGGAUCAGGGUUCCUGCUCCUUACAUUACCGCAAUGCCAUCGCCAACCCAAGUGUUUUUGGAUUUGAGUUGGUGGUGGAGGACUUUCCGCAAAGGCCCAUCUCUCUGUCCUACACCGAUGGAACCCAAUCCUACAAGGCUCCACUGAUUCCCAUGAGGCGUAAACGAGCCUUGAACCAUACAUACCCCACCACAACUUCAGCAUCAUUCAGGACUGCAACGCCAAACAAAAUCCAAUGGUGGUGGAAUCAUAAUCCAACUCCAGCACCAUUCAGGACUGCAACGCCAAACAGAAUCCAAUGGUGGUGGAAUCAUAAUCCAACUCCAGCACCAACCACGACUGAAGUGCCAACCCCAUGGUGGUGGAAUCAUAAUCCAACUCCAGCACCAACCACGACUGAAGUGCCAACCCCAUGUGCCAAACACAACCCCAUGGUGGUGGCUUCAUCGUGCAACUUCAGCAACAACCACGACUGA